AUGGCCGAUUAUGCAAGCCACCCUUGUGUUCGUGAGUGUGUGGAGGGAGCGCCACCUAUGACGUGCUCCUACGACUUCACCGUAGAAUACUAUUACGUCUUGACCAAAGCCUGCUACGAUUGCCCAUACAACGUCACCGACUGCUACCGGCCGCACUGUGUCGCUGCUGACGGCGUCGAAAGAGGCAUCAUUACAGCCAACAGGAUGCUGCCUGGACCCGCUAUACAAGUGUGUCACAACGACAUGAUCAUCGUCAACGUGCACAACAAGCUGGAGGGGUCGGAGGGGACGACCAUCCACUGGCACGGCGUGCUCCAGAAAGGUUAUCAGCAUCACGACGGCGUCAGUAUGAUCACCCAGUGCCCCAUCACAGCUCACUCCAAGUUCCAGUACAAGUUCAAGGCAGGUAACCGAGGCACUCACUACUGGCACGGCCACGCUGGCGUUCAUCGCUGCGACGGGCUGUUCGGGGCGCUGAUCAUCCGGGAACCUCCAUCACGUGAUCCAGCGUCGCACCUGUAUGACCAUGACCUUCCCGAACACACCAUGAUAGUACACGAUUGGCUUAUGGAGCUGACCAUCAACAGGUUUGCCGGCCACCACCACUCCGACUACGACAACAAACCUGCAUCAAUGCUCAUCAACGGCCGAGGAGCGUUCCGAUUCUUUCCGAGUUCAGACACCAACGAGACGGUCCACACCCCAUACGCGGUGUUCAACGUUCAAAAGUACCGGAAGUUCCGCUUCCGGGUUAUCAGCAACGGCAUCAUGAGCUGCCCCAUUCAGGUCUCCGUUGACCACCACGACAUCAUCAUGAUCGCCACCGAUGGCGUACCACACGAACCCGUCGUUGUCAGCUCCUUCAACAUCUUCGCUGGAGAACGGUACGACUUUAUAUUGCACGCUGAUAAGGAUGUCGAUAACUACUGGGUUCGAACUCGAGGACUGGGUCUCUGUGGUGCCAAGUCAACGAAGCAGCUGGCCAUCUUGAGGUAUGAGAACGCCACGAAGACAGAACCCAGUGAACCGACAGACUACGACAGUGGUCGGAGAGAAGGGAAGCUGUUGAACCCCUUGAAUAAGAAGGGCACCCCUGACAUGACACCCGUGUCAUGGCUGAACACCACCCAGGCAGACUCCAUCCACAUGAAACAGGUGCCCGAUAAGAAGUUUUACGUUGCCAUGGACUUCAACAAGGUAGACAACUAUGUGUUCAACCACGAAGAGUUAUAUCCCUUGGCUGCCGUCAGCCGACAUAUGAAACUGUACUUGCCACAGGUGAAUCACAUCACCAAUAUUCAACCUCCGUCCCCGCUGCUGUCACAGUAUGGCGACAUACCCAAGGACAUGUUCUGCGGCCCUCACAACACCAGGAACUGCAGCAGGAAGUACUGUGAGUGUAUAUACGUCCUCAGGGUGGACUUGGACGACACCGUGGAAAUGGUGCUGAUUGACGAGGGCGUCACCUUCAACGCCAACCACCCCAUGCAUCUUCAUGGACACCACUUCCGGAUUGUCGCUAUGGACAAGGUUGGCACGUCUACCUCUGUACAGGAGAUCAAAAGGAUGGAUGAAGCUGGUCUGAUAAACAGGAAUCUAGAAACUCCCAUAGCUAAAGACACCGUCACGGUGCCCGAUGGAGGGUACACAAUCAUCAGGUUCCUUGCAGAUAACCCGGGGUUCUGGCUGAUGCACUGCCACGUGGACUUCCACCAGUCUAUCGGGAUGGGUGUCAUUAUACAGGUGGGGAAACUGAGCCAAAUGCCCCGACCCCCAAAACACUUCCCCCGGUGUGGGAACUGGCACGACAGAGGGGCGGAUGAGGGGAAUGAGGAGGAGGAGAAGCCCAGGUGCCCCGUCCGUGGAGCUGCACACGACCAAGGCAACACCAGGCUGCUGAUACCCGCUGCUCUGUCUGCUGCCAUAUUCAGCAUGUUUUGUAUCAGACAUUCUAUCUAA